AUAUCUAGAUAUUUAAAUCCGGAUUAGGGACUCAGGGAUAAUCCACUGCCGCGAAAUACGAACUCAUGAAGCGCCGCCGUGGCCGCCUCCCAUCCGGCAAUGGAAACCGCCCGAGGUAUUACAAAGAUGAGGAAUUGAAUUUGACUGAUCUGAACUUCGAUGUUCUGAAACAUAUAAUGUAUUACGUUGCGGUAUCAGAUGAUGGAGCUCGAAAUGUUGCCCAUGCAAUGUCUGUUUGCAGGUUGUUUAAUGAGCUUGGUAAUGACAAAGAUGUCUUGAGAGCUGUCAUAUUCAAUCAUGAUAGUGCACUCACUAGUAUUGAUCCAUCGUUUUGGCAAACCACUGGGUUGUUGUGUAAUUGCCUUAUUCAUCAAAAUAUGUCUGCUUUUGACACAGCAAAGCUGUAUGCAGAAAAGUUGAAGAGUAAGUUCAUACUCCUCAAAGUGAUCACAAUCUGCAAACUGAUGGUUAUGGGUGAUAGAGAGAGAGAUGUUGCAUUCUUAAAUACAAGGGCGAGAAAAAGGGCUCUUGAUAUAGCAAUAGAUGACUACAGAGAAUAUAGCUCUGCAAUUAAGACUCUAAUGCAAAACAUCAAGCAGUUCCUGCGUAUGUUGAACUUCGUGCUUAAUGGCAUUGGUGCUCAGCCCACUACAUGACUGUAACUGCAUUACUGGUGUAAAUAUGGUAAAGACAGGUCCAUCCAUGGCUGGCCAUUCGCUAUGGUAGCUUUGGUUGCUUUUGUAUUUCCAUUUUGAGGCUACGAUGACAACCCUUGAGGCAUUGCGGGACCCACGUUCAGCGGGGUGUUUUGUGCUGUUGCCAUAUUUCUUUUAAGCAUUCUUGAAUGUUGAGAGUUCACAGUUUACUUCAUUUUCACAAUUGUCCUCAAGGAUUCUACCAUGAGGUGUUGAAAGCUGUUUAAGAAUGUGAAUGGUCCAUUUACAAAUUGGAUAAUAGUGGUGAAAGAAAAUGGGUAUGAAUAU